AUGCCCCCGAGCUUGCAGAUGGAGUCCUACUGGGUAACGCCAUGGAGCGUUUGCCUGAGUCAGAUUGACUACGACGAGGGCGUCGGGAUGCACGAAAAGAUUGCCGUGCGUGCGAUGCCGAGUGGCAACUGCGUGCUUUGCCUGGAGCUUUGCCCGCACCGAUCCUUCAGGAAGUUCAGCUUCAUCCGCGGCCCAAGCGAUGAACUCUUAGGUGCUAUGCAGACCCUUGAGAAGAAAAGGCCGCUUCAAAGCACACGUAGCCACUAUGCCAUCUAUGGCAAACAGCCCUUGUCGGGGUGUCAGACAAUCAGCAUGGAGGGCAAUAUGCUCUACCAUUGGGCGACCUUGUCGCGCCCACCAUUUUCCUUCGAUGCCAAGAUGCGCAUGGAUGCUUGGACGUGGGAGCGGAGGGGGAGUUCGCGGCUCGGCCGAAUUCGAGGCCUUAACCCGUAG